AAGUCAAGCUACGGACGAGUGGGUCAAAUCGCGUGAGGAUGCCGCAUACGUCAGUCGGCUCGGCAGAAAAACUUUAUUUUUCCUUCUAACUUGCGUUUUUUAAUCAUCUUGGCCUUCUGAUUGACCCAUUUGUUCGCUUUCGGUGACUUGUACAGACACAACUCAAAGAUGGACCAGGAAGAGCUGCAGUAUGAUGAAGGGGUGGAUGCUGGUGAGGGUGGAGACGAUAGCUUUGUUGGUGGAGGUGACGAUGACCAUCAGCUCAAUGAUACAGACCAGUCAAUUGAAACAGAACUUGAGGUUAUUAAAGCACGAGUUCGCGAAAUGGAAGAGGAAGCAGAAAAAAUCCGACAGAUCCAGUCAGAAGUAGAUAAGCAAAUGAAUUUAGGAUCCCCACCAGGGGCAGCUGGGGCCACAUCACCUCUAAAUAUGUCCUUAGAAGAGAAGAUGGAAGUAGAUGCACGUUCAAUAUACGUUGGCAAUGUUGAUUAUGGAGCCACAGCUGAAGAGCUAGAACAGCAUUUCCAUGGUUGUGGGGCAGUCAACAGAGUAACUAUUCUAUGUAAUAAAUACGAUGGGCAUCCAAAGGGCUUUGCUUACAUAGAGUUUUCAGAAAAAGACUCAGUCCAGAUGGCCAUGGCACUUGAUGAGUCACUCUUCAGGGGAAGACAACUCAAGGUCAUGCCCAAGCGAACAAACAAGCCUGGCAUCAGUACAAGUAACAGGCCCCCACGAAGAGGCGUGCCUGGACGGGGUCGUGGACGGUUUUAUUCAAGUUACAGACCCUUGCGACGACCGAGCAGGGGACGGAGAUUCUACUACAGCCCUUAUUAAUGGCUGCGUUUGGAGGUGAUGCUGAACAGGUGGAUGCUGAUCCCAUACUUCCGUAAUUGAUUUACCAUAUAUCAUUUUUGCAUAAUUAUUUCUAAUGUUUGAACUCACUGAUAUGCACCUAAAUCAUUCCCUCUUUUCUGGUAUUUAGAAUUUUAUUAUGCAGGUAAUUCAUUGAUAGGCAAUUUAUGAAAGUUAAACAGGUUUCAACUAAGGGCUGGGUUUUCCUUACACGUAAUUUUUAUAGG